UUUAAUAAUUGGCAGGAAUUAAAACAACAUUUGUUAGAUUUAUAUUCCGAAAAACGAACCAUGAGCCAAUGGCAAUUGGAAUUAAAUUCUUGUCGUCAAAAUGUAGGCGAAAACGUUUUAUCCUUUUCAAAUAAAAUAGAACACUGUUAUGUAAAAUUAAUUAACUCUUUAGACGAGGACCUUACUAGAGAAGCUCGUACAGCGUGCACAGAUUUAUUGAAAAACGAAGCAUUAAGAAUUUUUAUAAGUGGUCUAAAUAAAGACCUUGCGUUAAUUGUAAAGUCACAAAAACCAGAUUCUCUAGAAAGCGCAAUCGCUUUGGCGUUAGUCGAAGAACAAGAAUUAAAAUCAAAAGCAGACAUAUUCAAAUAUCAAAAUGUUAAUAAUUCAUAUGCAAAAUUAUGUAAUAUUUGCAACAAAUCGGGUCACACCACAUUCAAUUGUAGAUAUAAAAAUCAACAACCACCCAAUAACAAAAAUCAAUUCCAAAAUAAUAAAAGGCAAUUCCAUAUCAAUCAGGUUCAAGGGUCAAGUCAAAAUUCACAUCGCAGUUCAAAUCAUAACCCAAACUCAAAUCAAAAUAACUCUAAUAAUUAUAAUAGUAAUUACAAUUCGAAAUUUUGCAAUUAUUGUAAAAAGAACGGACAUGUGAUCAGUGAAUGCAGAAAACGUGAGUACAACAAUAAUAAACGAGAAAACAAACAGUAUCACAAUUCAGACACCCCUCAAUCUUAUAACUCACAUUUAAACUCCCAGCGUGCUCAGCCAAAUUCGGCCAAGCCGAGAAACGCAAAUUUUGUUCAGGCCGAAUCUCAACAGUAAACAACACAAAUCGUAACUAUGUCGAAAUCAAUGUACCUCAAUUAAUCGAUGAUAAAACUUCGUUUUUAAUUGACACUGGAGCUGACGUUUCGUUGAUAAAGUUAAAUAAACUUAAAGGCGAAAUUCCAUGUUACGAAGACAACAUCAUUACACUGAAAGGUUAUUUUGAAACUAUUUGUUACGUAUACCUAGAUCUCGUCGUUAAUCAAAAUCGAUAUUCUCACAUCUUCCAUGUUGUCCCCGACAACUUUCCAAUUCCUUUCGAUGGCCUUAUUGGAGCCGAUAUGCUUCAAUCUUUUAAUUGCUCAAUUAAUUAUAAACUAGAUACCCUCGAAAUCGAUGAUAAUUCCAUACCUUUAAAUCUAAAUACAAACUCAUCUAUCCUCAACAAAAAUCUACCUCAAGUUCAAAAUCAAAUCCAAUCUCUAAAUCUAAAUCAAUCUCAGAAUC